AUGGCAUUCAAUCAAGAUAUCCAUUCUCUGACGAAGAAAGUGAUUUUCCAUGUUUACAAUUAUUUCAAGACGAUAGCUACUGAUAAAAGUAAGCCAGAACUUUCAGAUUUUUUUCAACAAACCCGUGAAGUGACUGCUAAAGCAUGUGGCGUAAGUCUCGCUUGUGUAAAAAAAGUUUGUUCUGAAGCGAAAAAAGAACUUGAAGGUGGACCUUCUAACAAAAUUGCUUUCAAGUCUCCAAGGAAAAAUUAUAAACGAGUAAAAAUAAUGAGUUCUCUUGACGAUUUUGACAACGAAGUUAUCAGAAGAACUAUACAUAGUUUUUAUGAUAAAGGUGGAUUUCCGACGACCGCAAAAAUAUUAGUGGCGAUGCAAGAAAAAAUUAAUUACCCUGACUCAAAAACGUCAGUUAAACGUAUAUUACACAAUUUGAACUUCAAGUAUAGGAAGUGUAAUGAUGGGCGUAGAUUUCUGAUGGAGAGAAAUGAUAUUGUUCCUUGCCGGGUAAAAUUUUUAAGAAAAAUGUACGAAUUGAGACAGAAUAAUGACACAAGGCCGGUAGUUUACCUGGACGAAACAUGGGUAAACCAGAACCAUACCCAAGGUUACAUAUGGCAAAAUUCAGAAAACACCGAAGGAGUGCCCUUUCCACCAAUUGGAAAGGGCGCUCGACUCAUUGUAUGCCACGCUGGUUCACCUUCAUUUGGAUUAAUUGUGAACAAUUCGAAAUUGGUCUUUCGAUGUAAAUCGGGUAGUACGGAAGAAUACCAUUCACAAAUGAACGCGGACAUUUUUGAAAACUGGUUUGUUGAAAUGUUGACCAAUUUAGAAGAACCAUGUGUUGUAGUAAUGGACAAUGCUUCCUACCAUUCUGCGCUAGCCGAAGAUUACCCAACGGCAAACACGCGAAAGGCAGAAGUUCAAAAAUGGCUUGAAAAAAAACGUAUUCCAUAUUCACCGGUAGAAACAUUAUGUGAACUACGAGAAAAAGUUAAAAUGGCCAUACUUAAAGAAAAAAAAUAUAAACUUGAUGAAGUCGCGUUACAAAUGGGUCAUAAAGUGGUAAGACUCCCACCUUAUCACUGUCAGUACAACCCAAUCGAGUUGAUUUGGGCGCAAGUCAAGGGUGAAGUCGCCAAAAAAAUACAGCACCUUCAAAAUGGCAGAUGUUGA